AUGAGAAAUAAAUUACCUUUGAAACCGAGAAAAAUAGAAUGUGGAAUACUGAAUUUGGAUAGCUACAGAAAUCCUGGAACGCAUUGGGUAGCCUUUGUAAAGCACAAUAAAUACGUAGAAUAUUAUGAUAGUUUUGGUAAUUUAAAGCCCCCGUUAGAAUUAGUUAAAUAUAUGCAUAACUUACCUAUUAACUAUAAUUAUGCACGACAUCAAGCGUUUGGUGCUACAAACUGUGGACAUCUUUGUCUAAAAUUUUUAAGGAAUUACUGGAAAAAGCAUUUAUAUAGUGUAUGA